AUGACGCCUAUUUCGAAAGCACCAGAGAAGAAGCAAAAGUCUCUGACUGCAUUCUUCACGCCCAAGGCCGUCAAUGGCGCUGCAUCGUCUUCUCGGCCCGCGGUGCCGUCUUCGCCCACCCCCGUGAAGCAGUCGGAUCUGCCGUCAAGGAAACGGCCGCUCGACAAGGAUAACGACAGUUCCAAUGGCGCCGCCGAGAAAGCAGCAAAGAGAACCAGAGGAGAUGAAGAAAAGGAUGCAGAAAGCUCCUUUUUCCACAAUGACUCUGCCGUUCCUGCAACGGCCAGCAACCGAAGUCCGACUUCGUCACGAGCGCAACGCUAUCGCUACGACGAAUCGAAUUCACAGCAAGAAGCUGGUGAUGAGAGCGACGAUGCUCGAGUAAGGAGGCAGAACAAGGAGCUGCACAGGAAAUUCGUCAAGAAACUGGGCCAUCCCGAUGCCCUGUCUUGGAGGUCCCUGAAGGCACAGGACACCGGCGCUGGUGAUGACGAGGAUGCCGAUGCAGACCCCGAAGAGGAAGAAGCUCCAAUUGCCUCAAAAGCAAAGAAGAAGGGGUCUAAAACGGGGAAGCUAACCCCUAUGGAAGUGCAAUUCUUGGACAUCAAGCGGAAGCACAUGGACACGAUCCUCAUCGUCGAGGUCGGAUACAAGUUUCGAUUCUUCGGUGACGAUGCCCGAGUGGCUGCCAAGGAGCUGGGUAUCGUGUGCAUACCGGGUAAAAUGCGAUAUGAUGAGCAUCCCUCAGAAGCUCAUCUAGAUCGAUUUGCGUCGGCCAGCAUUCCGGUUCACAGAUUACCCGUUCACGCAAAGCGCCUCGUCGCUGCUGGGCACAAAGUUGGAGUCGUCCGCCAAAUCGAAACCGCGGCGCUGAAGAAAGCUGGUGACAACAGAAACGCUCCCUUCGUCCGCAAACUCACCAACCUCUAUACAAAGGGUACAUACAUCGAUGAGAAUGGAGAGCUAGAUAGCCAGGACACAUCUACCCCAUCUGGCGGCUACCUGCUUUGUAUCACAGAAACGGCUACCAAAGGUUCUGGCACUGAUGAAAAUGUCAGUGUCGGGGUUCUAGCUGUCCAGCCCGCCACCGGUGACAUCAUCUACGACACCUUUGAAGAUGGUUUUAUGCGGAGUGAGAUCGAGACACGGCUGUUGCACAUAUCGCCUUGCGAGUUCCUCAUAGUAGGCGACCUCACCAAGGGGACUGAUAAACUGAUACAGCAUCUAUCGGGCAGUAGUACCAACGUGUUUGGUGAUCGCUCCCGUGUUGAGCGUGUGCCCAAGAGCAAAACCACGGCCGCCGAGGCUUAUUCUCAUGUAACGCAAUUCUAUGCCGACCAAGUGAAGGAAGCUUCAGAUAAUGAGACGGCGAGCGCCCUACUCGACAAAGUCCUGAAACUCCCCGAGGCCAUCACCAUCUGUCUGUCCGCCAUGAUUACCCACUUACAGGAAUACGGCCUGGAGCACAUCUUUGGCCUUACAAAGUACUUUCAGAGCUUCAGCACUCGCUCCCACAUGCUCAUCAACGGCACAACGCUGGAGAGCCUCGAAGUCUACCGCAACGCCACUGAUCACUCUCAAAAGGGCAGCCUCUUCUGGGCUGUUGACAAGACUCUCACCCGAUUUGGACAGCGUCUCCUGCGGAAAUGGGUCGGCCGCCCAUUGCUUGAUAGAGAGCGUUUGGACGAGCGCCUUGCCGCAGUGCAGGAACUUGUUGACAAGCAAUCCACGUCGCCUGUCGAUGACCUUGAGAGGCUACUCACAACGACCAAGGCCGAUCUUGAGCGCAGUCUCAUCCGGAUCUAUUACGGCAAAUGCACCAGGCCAGAGCUCCUAUCCGUGCUUCAGACCCUACAAAAGAUUGCUAGUCAUUACUCCUCCGUCAAAUCAGCCUCUGAUGUCGGCUUCGACUCACCACUGAUUGUCAAUGCCAUCACUACCCUGCCGCAGAUCCUGGGCUCCGUCGUCUCGUAUCUCGAGCGCAUCAAUCUUUACGCUGCCAAGAAGGACGACAAGUAUGAAUUCUUUCGGGAGGAGUUCCAUACCGAAGACAUCCAGGACCACCAGCUUGGAAUCGCCCACGUCGAGCACGAACUCGACCAACACCGCGCCGUCGCCGCCGGGAAAAUUAAGCAGAAGAGUGUUGAAUACGUCACCGUCGCAGGCAUCGAAUACCUCAUCGCCGUCCCCAACAAAGACAUCAAGAACGUCCCUGCAUCGUGGAGCAAGAUCUCCGGCACCAAGGCUCUCUCGCGGUUCCACACCCCUGAAGUCAUCCGCCUCAUUUCCGAGCGCGACCAGCAUCGAGAGGCUCUCGCCGCCGCCUGCGACAAGGCCUUCAAAGACUUCCUCGCCACCAUCGCGGCAGAGUAUCAGCCUCUCCGAGAUGCCAUCUCCGCCCUCGCCACGCUGGACUGCCUCCUCUCCCUCGCAAAGAUCGCUGCUCAGCCCGGCUACAGUAGACCGACAUUCCUGCCCUCCACCGCCGAACCGUCCAUCUCCAUCUCCCAAGGCCGCCACCCCAUCGCCGAGCAGACGCUCGAAGGGAGCUACAUCCCCUUCACCACCACCCUUUCCCACCCCUCCGCCCUGGCACACCUCAUCACCGGCCCCAACAUGGGCGGCAAAUCGUCCUUUGUCCGCGCCGUCGCCCUCAUCGUCCUCCUCUCCCAAAUCGGCUCCUUCGUCCCCGCCGACUCUCUCACCCUCACCCUCUGCGACGCCAUCCACACCCGCGCCGGGGCCAGAGACAACCUCUUCGCCGGCGAAUCCACAUUCAUGGUCGAAGUCUCCGAGACGGCCCGCAUCCUGCGCUCCGCCACCCCCCGCAGCCUCGUCAUCCUCGACGAGCUUGGCCGCGGCACCAGCACCCACGACGGCGCCGCCAUUGCCCAGUCCGUCCUGCAGCACGUCGUCACCGAGACCAGGUGCCUGACCCUCUUCAUCACCCACUACCAGAAUCUCGCACGUGUUGUCGAUGGCCUGCCCGGCGUCACAAACGUCCACAUGAAAUUCAACGCGCAGACCGGACAGGACGGUGAAGAGGAGAUCACCUUCCUGUAUGAAGUAGGAGAGGGCAUAGCUCACCGAUCGUAUGGGCUAAACGUCGCCCGCUUGGCUCGCAUUCCCAAGAAAGUCAUCGACGUUGCUGCGGGCAAGUCGAAACAGCUAGAAAAUGAAAUGAAGCGGCGGCGGUUGCAAGGAGCAUACCGAACCCUUGCCCAUGUCAUAGAAUCGGGACCAGACCAGUUAGACCACUUGAUUUCCUCUAUUGAGCAGCUAUAG